GGCCGGGCUAUAAAAUCGGGGGAACAAUGCGCCCGCGGUCCCGGCUCGGGGGCUGGCGCCGGGGUGGGGGUCCCCCCUCAUCCCUGGGGCUGCCCCUCUCCCGAUCGCCCGUUCUUCUCUCAGCCACCCCCUUCCCCGUGCCGAGAUGGAGCUUGACUCGUACCAGCACUAUUUCUACGAUCACGACGCCCAGGAGGAUUUCCACCGCUCCACGGCGCCCAGCGAGGACAUCUGGAAGAAGUUCGAGCUGGUCCCCACGCCCCCGCUGUCCCCGCUGGGCUCUCCCGGGGACAAGGGGCUCUGCUCGGGGCCGGAGGAGCGCCCGGGAUGGCUCUCCCGGUACUGCCUGGCCGGGGAAGAACCGGAAUAUCUCAUAGGGACGGGGCAGAUCUUCGGCAACCUGAGCGCUUUCAUCCUCAAGGAUUGCAUGUGGAGCGGUUUUUCAGCGCGGGAGAGGCUGGAGAAGGCGAUGACAGAGAAACUUUCCACGGGCACGCAGAGAGCCACGCCGCACAAACCAUCCUUCGCGCAGGAUUUUGGCUUCAGCAGCUCCGUCAGCGAGUGCGUGGAUCCCGCUGCCGUCUUCCUUUGCCCGCUGGCCGAGAGCAAGAUCCCCGCAUCCUCGGGAUCCGAGGGCCAGAGCGAUUCCGAAGGUGAAGAGAUCGACGUGGUGACGGUGGACAAGAGACAAUCUCUCAGCCUGAGGAAGCCGGUGACCAUCACGCUCCGAGCCGACCCCCUGGACCCCUGCAUGAAACGUUUCCACAUCUCCGUCCACCAGCAGCAGCACAACUACGCCGCCCGCUCGCCGCCAGAGCCCUGCCCGCCGCCCCAGUCCCCCCAGCAGGAGCAGCAGGAGGAGGAUGAACCCCCCAGCACCGUGGAACCAACCCCUGCCGUGACCCUACCUGAGCCUGGCUUGCCAAAACCCAGCAGCAGCCCCGGCUCGGACAGCGAGGACGUGGCCAAGAGGAAAAACCACAAUUACCUGGAGCGCAAGCGGCGCAACGACCUCCGCUCGCGCUUCCUGGCCCUGCGGGACCAGGUGCCCGGGCUCGCCAGCUGCCCCAAAACCCCCAAAGUGGUGAUCCUGAGCAAAUCCUCGGAGUACCUGCAGUCCCUCAUCAGCGCCGAGAGGAGGAUGGCAGCCGAGAAGCGGCAGCUGCAGCUGCGCCAGACCCAGCUGCUCAAAAGGAUUGCUCACCUCAAGGGGCACUAGCAACCGGUGUGCCCCCCAAUUCUGGUCCCCAAAACACCCCCAGCUCCUUCUCGAUUUGCACAUUUUUUUAUUUUUUUGGUUGCUUGUCGAACUGUUGGCCCUGGGGGCUGGAGCACGUGGCAGUGGCUGCGGGAAUGGAUCCACAGCAGAGAUAUCCCACACAGCAUCACCCACCCGGGCUUGGCUUCCUGGCACUGGGUGCUCCAGGAUUUCCCUUUUUCCUACUGUGAAGCUUCCUCAGUGACUGCUCCAGUUCAAGAGCUGAAAUUUAUUCCCCCUCCCCAGCAGCCCUUGCACCCCUCUCUGCCAUUUUCCACCAACAGCAUCGCUGGGUGUCCACCUCACCCUAAAAAUCCCAAGCAACCACGUCUGCCUUGGCUCCUGGGAGCAGGCAGGCACAGAGCCCAGCACGGGGCUCAGCUCUGGAUAGAUCCCAGGGGGAUGGUGAGGGCAGGACGUGCCUCUCACCAGGAUCAGCAGCACCCCGUGGGCACCCCUUGCUCGGCUGGACCGUACCUCACUUCCCCGUCACUUCACGCAGCAGCCGCUCCUGGAUUUUGUGUUCUAGAAACUGCUGCUGCAACUGCGAGUCUUAUUCUGGAGGCUGUGUUUUUAUACUGUAUUUUUGUACCACUUUUUGGAG